AUGGCCUUACCUCCAAAGCUUACUCCGGAACGUGGAUUGCUGAUAACACCAGAUCUUCGCGAUCGUAUAGAGCGUGUCCAAAAGGAUAUCAUGGAAAACUCGUCGUUUGCUUACAACAAAAAAAAGUCAGCUGGACCUCAAGAGCCAACUUUGAGCUCCACGAAUGACAGCGCAGUCCCAGAAAAAGCAACCGCCGGGGCUAAAAGACACUCAACGUCGGAGUAUCACGAAAGAAAACGCUGCAAAGACGUCGACGAGGAAGCGAUUAUGGCUGGAAUUGAUCCAAAUCUCUCGAUGAUUCCGCUUCUCUACGCGGACAAGCCACAAGAAAAGAAGCAAGCAGAAAGUUCUGCUGCAUCGGCAACUGCAUCACCGAAUACUCCAGCACAGGAAGUCGUUGCUAAGAAUGGAGACGAGGCCGAGCAAGCCGAUUCAGACACCGAAGCAGACUAA